CACACACACACACACACACACACACACACAUACACACACUCUCUCAUACAGGGAGAGAGAGAGAGAGAGAGAGAGAGAGACCUCGGGUUACAGGCGCAGGGAGAGUCUAUAGCCGCUCACACAAGCUGAAACUUCACUGAACGCAGAAGGCGGAAAAGAGGAAAAGAAGAGGAAAUAUACAGAGAGAGAUAAAAUGAACAGUCAGUUCGACGAAGAUGCGCGAGACAGAAACGAGUGUAAAAGCAAAUCUCCGACUGUCCUCUCCUCCUACUGCAUCGAGAGCAUUCUGGGCCGGAGGAGUCCCUGCAAAGUCCGACUGGUGGGCUCGCAAAGUUUAACAGCGCGACCGGAGCAUGAGCAGCCUUCUGAAGUUUCCAGCAAAGAGCUCUCGUUUGACUCGGACAUGCACCUUCCGCCUAAACUGCGCCGGCUCUACGGCCCCGGGGGCAAAUACCUGGACACCAACAGGGUGUUUCAGGAGCACGGGGAGAAAGGCGAGCUCGGCUGCGAGGGCAUGAAGAUCAGCCAAGCGCCGCAGGUCAGCAUCAGUCGGAGCAAGUCGUACCGGGAGAACGCGCCGUUCAGCGGGCUGGAGGAGGCGCGCAGCAGCCCGGAGCUGGCCGAGCUCGGAGCGCUCAAGUUCGAGGAGGACGCGGUGAAGGAGGAAGAGGAAGAGGAAGAGGAGGAGGAGGCGUGUGGAGCCGAGCAUGGCCUGUCGCCCAAGGACGAGCCGAGUCCGCGCAACGACGCAGACGUGAAGGACGGAGAGGACAGCGUGUGCCUGUCUGCAGGCAGCGACUCGGAGGAAGGCAUGCUGAAGCGGAAGCAGAGGAGAUACAGGACCACGUUCACGAGCUACCAGCUGGAGGAGCUGGAGAGGGCUUUCCAAAAGACACACUACCCAGACGUGUUCACCAGAGAGGAGCUCGCGAUGCGGCUGGACCUCACCGAGGCGCGUGUGCAGGUGUGGUUCCAGAACCGUAGAGCAAAAUGGAGAAAGAGAGAGAAGGCAGGAGUUCAGUCUCAUCCUCCAGGUCUGCCCUUCCCUGGUCCAUUAGCUGCAGCUCACCCCUUGAGUCACUAUCUAGAGGGAGGCCCGUUCCCUCCUCACCCACACCCGGCUCUGGAAUCGGCCUGGACUGCUGCAGCAGCAGCCGCUGCCUUUCCAGGACUGGCGCCACCGCAUAAUAGCUCCGCCCUUCCUCCUGCAACGCCCCUCGGCUUGGGCACCUUCCUGGGCACCGCCAUGUUCCGCCACCCGGCUUUCAUCGGACCCACUUUUGGCAGACUUUUCUCCAGCAUGGGCCCCUUGACCAGCGCUUCCACGGCUGCUGCUCUCCUGCGCCAAGCCACACCACCCGUUGAAAGUCCGGUGCAGCCACCCGCAGGAUUGUCGGACCCUCCCACCGCCUCAUCCUCUUCCUCCACCUCCACGGCUGCCGACCGUCGAGCCUCAAGCAUCGCCGCGCUACGUCUUAAAGCAAAAGAACACUCGGCUCAGCUCACUCAGCUGAACAUCCUGCCCGCCAGUGCUACGGGGAAGGAGGUCUGCUGAAGCUGUUGCUCUGAAAAAAUAAACCCCUUGCUGAAAAAAAUAAGAAAAUAAGAAAAUAAUAAUAAUAAAGCAUGACCAAAUCCACAGUGCAACAGCACACUGGCAAGGCAUCCAAGCCCUGGUGGCGUGAUGCACUGUUACAGCGCCCAUCUUAUUGGACAUCCUCCAUCAAAGACCCGAACCCUAGUCUGCAAUGUAGCUACGCUGCCAAGCAACAGCCAGUGAAAUCAUACUUAGGAAAACCACUCUAUUUUUUUGUGGGGGGUCAGGGGUGUGAUAACAGCACUCACACAAAACAGCAACAACUUCUCCUCUGCAAGAAGCAUCAGCUCCAGUGUGGGACCAGAGGAGGGGGGUCAAUAUGCCAAAGGGAACUGCUAGAACCCUCCAAACCACACCAUAACCAAAUUCAUCGACUGAGAAAUAAUAAAAAAAAUUAAUUCAACAACCUCCCGUCCUCUCCGUGAAGAUUACUCCUUCAUCCCUUGUGUUACGAUCUUUCUUCAAAAGGACAAUGAUGGAGUUCAGAUUGCUUGCUCAUUGACCUGUUAAGAGUAGCCUAUUUGUACAUACACACAUAAAUAUAUAUAUAUAUACACACACACACACACACACACACACACACACACACACACACACACACACACACACACACUAGCACUGUAAAGAUGAUGAAUUGAAUGAAGGAAAACCUUAAGCUUAAAAGAAGGUGUACAUUUGAAAACAAUGAAAUUGAAAUUCA